AUGUCGAAACAGGACUCCAAAUUCGCGUCUAUAUUCCUCUGCCUUUACCGCAAGUUUGCCGCACCGUCCACCUUGUUGAAUGCACUUAUCAACCGAUUUGAAAGAAACGAGAAGAAUUUUACCGAUCAAUUGACUCGCAUUGCGGACCAGUUGAGGUUACUCAAUAUUAUGUCCACCUGGGUAUCGGAGUAUCCAGGCGACCUAGCCUACCCUAAGACCCGCAAGCGGAUUACGGAUUUUGUCUCUACUUUAGAAAAGAGCCACUUUUACAUGUUUGCUGCAAAGGAGGUUGGGUCCUAUCUCGAGAAUCACGCAGAAGACGAUGAUGUAGGCUGGCCAUUCAGAGAUGGCGACGUUGAUGAAUUUGACGGGCACGAGACCUUCCUCAACAACUCCGGUCGGAGCUCCCCAUCCUUGUUCCUUGGCGGAUCAACGAUCGACGAAGGCGAGGACAACGAAGAGGAAGAAGACCCUAUAUACAACAUGAGCGCGUUGGAUCUCAGUGAAGGCGCGUCAGACCCAUCUUCGAAGCUGUCGAACUCGGCUACCUUCGAGAAACCCGGCACCGUGUCGAGCCAGUCGUUCACGUUUUUGAGCAUGGAGGCUGCACAGAAAGAAUCUCAAAACUUAGAACUUACCCCUCGACUAUCAUUAUCAAAAAUGCAAUGGCGGCAGUUCAUUGAGAUUCCCGACGAAGAUUUCGCGCGCGAAUUAACCCGUAUUGACUGGAUCAUGUUCAACUCUUUCCGGCCACGAGAUCUUGUGCGGCAUGUCAGUAUCUCUGGGCCGGAUAAAGACAAGAUCAAGAGUCUAAAGCAUGUCAAUCGAAUGAUCAAGCAGUUCAAUCAUCUAGCAUUUUUCGUUGCUAGUGUUAUCCUCUUCCGAGACAAGCCCAAGCACCGAGCGAAGGCAUUAGAAAAGUUCAUGAAUGUUGCACAAAAACUGCGUCGAUUAAAUAACUAUAAUUCCCUCGGUGCAGUAAUCGCCGGAAUCAACGGAACACCAGUGCAUCGACUGUCGCAAACGCGCGAUUCCGUGCCUGUUCAAACGCAAAAAGAUUUCAUGAGGCUGGUUAUCCUCAUGGGCACACAAAAGAGUCACUUUGCGUAUCGGCUAGCAUGGGACAAUACCUUUUCAGAAAGGAUCCCAUUCCUACCACUGCACCGACGAGAUUUGGUCUCCGCUGAAGAGGGGAACAAAACAUUUGUAGGAGACACGAAGUCUAGGAUCAACUGGCGGAAAUUCGAGGUGAUGGGGGAGGUUGUCUUAGGUAUUCAGCGCAGCCAGAAGACGCCUUAUCCCCAUCUGCAUAGGUAUGAGGAAGCAGCCAGGCUGGUACUCGAUAUCAAAUUAUCGGGUGACGAUGAGGAUUUAUAUGCACGCAGUUCCCAGGUCGAGCCCUCCGCUGGCGGCGAGACGGGGCGCAAAAAGUUCGGCUGGUUACGGUCGUAA